UGCAGUCGAAAAAAACACGACCAAUCGGCUGUCUGCGACAAAAUUUCAAUAAAAUAAUUUACACAGAAGAAAAAAUUAACUCUUCCUUGGCUGGUCAAUACAAAGAUGUCAAAUUUUAUAGUGGCUUAUUAUUAAACUGAAUACCAAACAAUUGAUCGGCAAUUUGAGCGCCGAAUAAAUCUUCAAGUUGCCAAUGCCUUCAAUAGCCAUAGUUCGUCUUUUAAAUAAAUGCCCGCGGAUUGGUCGCAAGAUUAUCAACACGUCACGAGCGCUGACCUUUGGCCUAUGGCGCACAAUGGUCGAAACACUUCAGGUGGAGGCCGAUGAACCGGCAGAAACUUGUGAAAUUCAGAGGACGAGGACGAAGCCAGGCUGCAUAUCGUGCUUUGGAUUCCGAACUCUUGUGCACCGCCGCAAUGCAAGUGCAUCUUUGGUAUUCAUUGUACACCGACGCUACUCGACCUAUGAGAAGACGUCUGCGCAAAUCCUAUCGAAGCUCUUUCCCCAAACUUCUGGUGAGCCCAACGACGAGGAGUGUAGGAAGCGUCGCAAACGAGAGGAGGAGGAGGAAGUGAAGGAAAUGGAGCGAGCUUGGAGCCGUAUGAAACUAGGUUUUGCACUCUUUGGUAUAGGAGGACUGCUGUUCUCCUCUUGGGCCAUAUAUUACUUUGGCAAGCCAGCACUGGAUAAACAGGGAAAGGAAGUUAAAGACGAGUUUAGUCAGCUGCCACUAACGCAGCAAUACACUGCUCGGACCUGGAAGUCGGUGAACCACUUCCAACGAUUCAUACAGGAGCCGUCAAGUCAGAAGCUACUUCCUGAACCUCUUCAGGCGCCGUAUGUGCAGCCGGCGUAUACCUUAGUGCUUGAGAUUAAGGACGUGUUGAUACACCCUGACUGGACUUACGAAACCGGCUGGCGCUUUAAGAAGCGUCCCGGCGUUGACAUAUUUCUUAAAGAAUGUGCUAAGUAUUUUGAGAUCGUUGUUUACACGGCGGAGCAAGGAAUUACAGUGUUUCCACUGCUCGACGCCCUUGAUCCAAACGGUUUUAUUAUGUAUCGUCUGGUUCGUGACUCAACACACUUUUUUCAAGGACAUCACGUAAAGAAUCUUGACAACCUGAACCGAGACCUAAAACGUGUGGUGGUCGUGGAUUGGGAUAGAAACUCCACCAAGUUGCAUCCUUCAAAUUGUUUCUCGAUCCCGCGAUGGUCUGGAAACGACAAUGAUACGACUCUCUUUGAUCUUGUGUCGUUCCUGAGUGUUCUGGGCACCAGUGAGAUAGACGAUGUCCGGGAAGUGCUGCAGUACUACAAUCAAUUUAAUGAUCCCAUAUCUCAAUUCCGGGAAAACCAGAGAAAGCUAAGUGAGCAAAUGCAGGCCGAUGAACUGGAAAAGAAUAGCAAAAAAAAGCUUGUUGUCAAGAAUUGGUCCCGGGGCUUCAUAAAGCAUUAAAACGUUAAGGUUUUGAUUUUUUAUAAUUAGCCAGGAUAAAUCCAAUAAAAAUGUUAAAGAAAAAACAA